AUGAAGGUACUAGUCGGCCUCGUCAGUUGCUUACUCUAUCGAUAUGUGAACCCCGAAAUAAGAGACAGUGUGAUGGUCAACAAACUUAUCAAGGUAAAACCAGUAGGCAGCAAUAUACAAAGAAGCUUCGUACCUCUAACGGAGAUUCCACCACCACACAUUCAUGGAGCGUCCGGUCGGCGGCAUAUGGAAAACGAGUGUACUAAGAAGCCAACAGGAAAAGAAGUGCACGAUGGACCCCGAGUAGAAUUAUUUGGCGAUUACUACGAUGACGGAGGGGCAAAGACCGUGGCCACGGUGAUCAUACCAGAUCACAUCGAUCACAAGCAUUUCGAAGUGACAUCACAAGUACCCUACCUUACGGUGGGACACAUUGAAGCUCUUGGCUACCACCCAAGCACGAUCAAAAGCGAUCACCCCAGCGAAUGUGAAAAGAUUUAUCAGGAUCAUCUAGAAACCCUGUACUCCGAUGAGUCGACGGACUACUCUGAAGAGUCAUUGGAGAUGGCGAGGAUGCCGCUAUUCCCUGGAGGUGUACCGCCAGCGUCUGCUGAAAAGCGAUUGGAAAACAUGUACAGCGAAUUGGAGUAA